AUGGGCGCGUGGUCCGUGGAGCCUUCCCACCGCGUGGGCGCCUUCCACCUAGGCAUGGGGGUGAACGAGGCUUUGGCCGUCGUCCAGAAGAUGGGCAGCCUCGACUUUGCUGAGUUCAACUUCGACGAGCAGCGGCCCUUCGCUGCGGACCUGGUGCUGCGGCUGCCUUCCUGGGGGCUGCAGCUGUGCUUCGACCCCUACCAGCAGGACUUGCGCCUCAUCUCGGUGCGGCUUCUGCCCGAGGACGCUGGUGUGUCGGAGCCCGAGGCUCCCGAGGCCAGUUUGUUGCCAGAGCUCACUUACAGCGGCCAGACCUUGGGCAAUCCUCCCAACCUCCGGGAGGUGUACCAGAUGUUCGGCCCGACCUGGAUCGGGGAUUUCCGGCGGGAGAAAGCGGCUUAUCUGCUGAGGUACCCGGGCUUAGCCUUUGAGUUCCCCCUCCCCGAGGACAUGGUGGACAAGCUGGCCGCGAAGGGCGAACACCCCAUGGACCUCGCUGGAAGGCCGACUCCAAGCGCGUGCUGGAUGUGGGUGUAUGCAGCGCAAGCGUCACUGCAGAGCCCCCGCUCUGUGGUGCCGAUCGAGGCGGUGCAGGUGUCGCCGGGGAAGGGCAUCCGCCUGCAGGGCCGGAAGCUGCUCUUCGGCGCCAUGCCGCAGGACGUGGUCUCCGACUUCGGGCCUCCGCAGCAGGUCUGCGUGAAGGAUGUGGAUGCCUUCCGUAUCCACUCGCGGACGCCUAGAUCUCCCAACCUGGACUACUACUACAACUACUUCUACCUGGGUUUGGACGCGCUCUUUGAUGGGCAGACGCACUUGCUGCAGAAGAUCGUGCUCCACACGAACCCUCCGACCCAUGAGCGCUUCUCCCGCUACACGCGAUGCUUUUUCCAGCUGCAGCUGCAGGAGGAUUCCGGCGAGUCGGAGGCCGGUGGCUUGGGGAAGCUGGGGUCAGUAUCCAAGAGCCAGCUUGCACAGCUCACGUCUCUCAGCGGCAAAGCUCCGUGUUUGCACAUGGCGCCUGAAUCGAACGGCGACACCACGAAGGAUCAAAGCCGGCGCCAGAAGUUUGUGGAACGGCAGAAGAAGUUUCACAGGGGCUCCAGUUUUCUGGACAAGGCGCUGGCGCACGAAAACCACCACCGUCACCAUGAAGAGCAGAAAGGGGGCGUCGACUGCGGCACGACGUUUCUCUUUACUGCGUUUGGAAUGAGCAGCUGGUGGGUGGGCAACGCCAUCUUCGCCCAGCUGCCUUUGCUGGUGGCGAGGCUCCCCGAGGGCCAGGCGCUCGGCACCCAGCUCUCGAUGAUGGCCCAAGCAGGAAAUAUUUUCUCCAUCAGCUACAAGGUCAUCGAGCACCAUGUUGGUGCCAUAGAUGCGGGGGCGACUGUGAACGGCAUGCACCAGGUGUCGCUGUUCAUCCUCAUGCUCCUCGCCGUUUGCUGGGACCAGCAGGUGGCGAACGCCUCACUGCCCCUGCUGGGCCUGGCAGUGCUGGCGGGCGGCCUGGGCUGCCUCUCAGACCUCACUUACUGGUCGCUGGUGAUGCGCCACCCACCGCCCUGCACCAAGGCCGUGGGCGUAGGAAUGUCCCUGGGCAAUUUGGUGGUGCUCGCUUUGUCCGUCCUCCAGAUCAGUGGACGAGAUGUGGACAGCCCGCGCUUUGGCAUCACCACCUUCUUUGUGAUUGCAGCCUGCUUCCAGCUGCUGUGGGGCUUCGUCACCCUCGUCAUCCAGGACAAGCUGAUCCACACGGUGGCGUGGGCAGCCAGCCUGGUGUCGGAGAGUUUGGGGAAGAAGCUGGUGCACUGGGUCAACCCCAUGCACGAGAAGGCGGUGGCCCUGCUGCGGGCGGAGGAGGGCGAGGAGGCGUCGGAGGAGAAGGAGCACCCGGGGCCGGAGGCGGAGGGCCUGCCCCACGCGAGGCUGAUCCUCAUCUUCGAGAUGGUGAACUUCCUCGUUUAUGCGGCCACCUACACUCUGCCAUCCAUACUUCCCUUUGUUGCCGCAGCCUUCCCGGCGAAGAGCCAGCAGUGCCACCUGCUGCUGAACAUGAUGAUCCUGCAAUCUGUGGGGGACGUGAGUGGGCGCAUGCUGGCGCCGACCUCCAGGAGUGGGCCGCUGCAACGGCGGCUUCCCUUUGUGGGGGCGAUAGUUCUGCCCACCUGCUUCGCGGCCUUGCUCAGGGCGGCCACGGAUAGCAGCGUGGUGUCGGAGCACCUCUCUUAUGCCCAGGCCUCAGUGGUGCUGCCGGUCCUGGUGCUCUUCUUCUUCUUCUCCCGGGGGAUGCUGGUCUCCGCGGUGUUCCUGCAAGCCCGAGGUGUCACCAACAGCCGGGAAGCGGCCGAGCACUUGGCCUCCACCAUGGGCUUCUGCGGCCAGAUGGGGGCCCUCACCGCCAACGUGAUCACAUUCACUUUGGUGAGCCUCUACCACACCUGAGCGUCCGAACCCGUGUAAGGAGGGGUAAGGGACAAUCCCCUUGCCGGGUGUGGAGAUCCGCCGAGGGUAUUUUUUCUUGGCUCCCAUUUAAUACCGGGUUUUGGUGGUGGCUGACCUGGGCAGAGAUCACGCCGAUGUCCUUCCGCUUGCAUCCAUCGUUCGGGUUCGCCUUAAGGGUGGGUUUUGCAAGCAGCAAGCGCUCGCAACGCAAAGCGUGCAUUGCAAGCCACCGAGCUGACCGAAAAGCAGGUGAGCCACAAUCAAAACCCGGGUAGAUGAGGG